AUGACUCGACAUUUAGCAAUCACCAUCACCAAUCGAACCACAAAAGAAAUCAAAUUUACACAUCAAUCAUACACAGAUUUAAUUCCAUCUUUACAUACUACUCUUACCAAAGCCAUACCAAGUGAAUUACCCAUCAAGAAAUUAAAAUCUUAUGCGAUUUAUAAUGAAGAUUUAAAUUUAAUUGAAAUCAAAUUUAAAAAGAUUAUCAAACCAUUAUCAAUUCGAAAGUUUUCAAAACUUAUAUUUUAUUCUAAGAAUGUUUUAAAUGAAUUAGGUCCUUCUACUUCUUCUUCUUCAAAUUAUUCAAAAAUCUUACAACCUAAAUUUGAAAUAUUUCAAAGCAUUGCAGAUGAUGGAUCGAUUACAUUCAUGGCAAUCUUUGCAAGAAAAAUGUCGGAUUGGAUGUCAGAUUUACCUGAUGAAUUACCAGUGACUUCAUUAACUCUUCCAGGUACACAUAAUACAUGUGCUUUAUAUGGAUGGCCAAUUGGAACGUGUCAUACUCGACCAUUAUCUAGACAAUUAUCAGAUGGAAUCCGAUUUCUAGACCUUAGAUUAUCACAAUCAAAAGGAACCCUAGCCGUUUAUCAUGGUAUUCAAUCUCAAUACAUCACAUUUCAAGAAGUACUUAAAACUCUUUAUGAAUUUCUUAAAUCUCAUUCAAAAGAAACUAUUGUAGUAAGUAUCAAACAAGAAGAUUUCACUAAAGGUUUCUCUGAUGCAGUCUUGGGUGAAAUCUUGAAAAAUAAAGAUCUUUGGUGGUUAGAGAAAGAUUUACCUUCUACACUUUCUCUUGCAAGAGGUAAACUUAUCCUUUUUUCUAGAUUUGGUCAUGAUAAGAAUCAUGGAAUUCAUUUACCUAUCUGGCCUAACAAUUCUAAAGAUGUUUGGGAGACCGAGAUCAAAGGUGCACAAGUAUCUGUACAAGAUUGGUAUCAAAUUGGAUCAUUUCUUGCAAUCUCAAAGAAAUUCAAUUUAGUUUGUACAUCACUUUGUCGAUCACUACAUCAAAAAGGAUCACCACCUAUAAGAAGUAGAAUGUCCCAAAUCAUUCCCACAAUCCAAAUCAAUGAAACCGAAAUCACUGAAACAACAAUCUCAUCAGAAAGAACCGAAACCAAUCAUUCAUCACCUACUUGGGUUAUUAAUUAUCUUUCGGCUUCUUCUUUAUUUUUUGCUUUUCCAAAUAUUGUGGCAAGAGGAUUUGGAUUUCAUAAAUUAGGAUUAGGUAUUGAAGGUAUUAAUUAUAGAUUGGCACGUUGGUUAACUGAUCGUAGAAGGUUUGGUGGUCAUUCAUUUGAUUUAAUUGGAGUAGUUUGUUUGAUUGAUUUUUAUCAUUCUCCAAAAGAUUCACUUGUUUCUCUUUUAGUUGAUUGUAACUUUUGAGAAUUUAUCUUUUUUUUGUUUUGUUUUGUAUGUUGGUUUUAUCACUUUGUCUGUUCUUCUAAACAUCUUUCUCUUCUUUUCUUUUCUUUCAUUUCUUUUGCAUUUUGAUUUUUCUUGUAGAAAGCUGUUGUAUUGCUUCAUUGUCAUUUUUUUUCGGUUUUCUUUUCUGUUAGGAUCUUUGAGUGGAACUCUUUCUUCUGUUUAGCAAAGCAUUUUUUGAACUAGACCUCAUUUUUUAAAACGCAAAUUUUGUUUCAUACCUCAUCAUGAUGUAGAUUUUUACAAAUAAAGUUUAGUUCUAUAACACUUGUGUAUAUGCAUAAGCAAAGUCUUAUUUCUUUUGGGACUG